AUGGCAGAAUCAUCACAGAGAAGGAAGAGUAGAGAAUCAAAGAUGACAAAGAAGACAAAUGUCAGAUACUUACGUGAUGAAGACUCCGAUGAUGUUCUUCUUGACUUAGGAUUGUUGGAUGUUGAGCCAGAUAACUUCAAUCCUACAUCUAAUUUGUGUGACAACCCUUUUCUUAACAUUUUAUGUGAUGAUAAAAUGUUAAAGAAUAAUCAAUUUGAAGGGGACGAUGAAGUCGAUGUUGAAGAUAUCCACCAGGUAGAGCAUGAACAUGAACACCUUGAAGAUGAAAAUGACCUGGAAGUUGGUGUCGAGUUUAGGGUGCAAGAUCCUACCAUCAAGUGGAACAAAAUGAAGCCUACAGUUGGUGAGUUAUACGAGUCUCCUGCUUAG